CUGAUCUAUGAGUAAGUCACGUGAUCAGUGCUCCAUCCUCGCCAUUUUGAGCGAGAUCACUGGACCAGCUGAGGUUAGCUAACUUUCUUGCUGAAGGAGUGUGAACUUGAAGACUAAUGCUUUCAUGUAUUGAAGUCGCAAAUUCGCACAGAAUUGGUGGAACACUGUCAGAAUGUAGAGAGCAUCUGAGUGAUAUGCCGCCCUGCCAUUGCACAACUUCCUGUCCAUUGUAUGAGUUUUAUAUUCGCAUGGAGGAGACAAGUGGAGGCGCAGUUUUGGUUUCUCCCACAAGGGGGCAGCAGGAAGCGAUCUUCGCUCAACAGCCAACGGUCUCCGCGGACGGCAGGCAGGAGGUGGACUCCCUGUUUCAGGUGAUUGAGAAACUGAGCGCGAUCGCGGAGAGACGGCCUCCGCGCAGUGGUUCGUUGUCGGGCGGGAAGAGGCCCCACGCGCCCUGUGGGCCCAUGGCUGUAACGGUUAAGAAGCCCAAAGAGGAGAAGGAUUCUGGGAAAGGAAUGGAGAGCGUGGCGGGCGGGGACACAAGAGCCAGCUCUGAGGGUGCAGCAGGAGAGCCUGUGAAGGAGAAGUGGUACAGUCGGGAGCAGUGUGGGGCCUACAGGUGCCUGAUCUGCAGCUACGUGUGCAGCCAGCAGCGCACGCUAAAGACGCACGCCUGGAAGCACGCGGGCCUGGUGCGCUGCUCCUACCCCGUGUUUGAGGACGGGCCUGAGGCCACGCCCCUCUCCCCUCCGGAGGAGGGGGCCGUCUCGGUCCCGCCGGGCGUCGGCCCCCGCGGGCCGGAGUCCGAGGGGAGGCCGGCCGCUGAGGACGUCCCAGAGUUCUUCAUCGCCGAGGAGCCGGCGGUGGAGCUGCAGGUCACCGUGGAGACGGACGUGGGGGAGGAGGGGUGCCUGCCCGGCCCGGACGGCCUCCUCUCCUCCGCGCAGCUGAUCCUCGGCGGGGGGGCGAACAUCGCGGGACGCCUCAGCGUGGUGGUGCAGCGCCUGCCGGAGCGGGGGGCGACGCCCACCACCGAACCGGGCACGGGCACCAAGCCCCUGAGUGAGGAGGAUGAAGAAGAGGAGGACACCGCCGAGGCCCCGGUGGCAGGUGAGGAGGUGCCCGCCUCCCGCAGGAGGACGCAGUCCGAAUCUCUCCUCCUGCACUCGCUGGCCGCCGAGGCCCUCGUUGCCAUGCCGAUGACGGCAGCCGCUCCGGCCCACCCCAGCACCGGGGACGCCGGGGUCCCAGAGGCGGGACGGGACCCUGCGGCGUUCGCCAUGCCCUAUACCCCACAGACACCCCCCUCCCCCACCGAAGACCUCGCUGGGGAGGGCGUGGGCAAGAGCCCGGCCCAGGCGGGCAUCAGCCAAUCCCUGCUGACCGUCAUCGAGAAGCUGCGGGAGCGGACCAAUGAGAGCGCCUCGGACGAGGACGUCCUGAGAGAGCUGCGGGGCAACGCCCAGAGCUCGCCCGGCGACGGGGCGGCCCCGCCCGAGGGUGAGCUGGCAGAGGCCCGUCCCGGCAGCAAGAGGCCCCGCCGGUGCCCGCUCCGCUGCUAUGGCGACGCCACAGAGGGCCGUGCCAAGCAGCGGCCGUGGGCACUCCUCCACCAGCAGCCCUGCCAGUGCCCCGCCUGCCAACACGCCCCCCGCGACAGCAAGGACCCGGAGAACCAUGUGACCCACCGCUGCAAGACCAGGGUGCACUGCAGCAAGCAGCGGCGUAAGAGACGGCUGCAGAAUCAUGAGAGCAGCCAGCAUGGGUAUGAGGGAGCCUUGGCAACAAUGGUGCCCGUCAUCGAAACCAUGGUGACCGCAGACGAUUCGCUAGAGAAGAAAGCCGCUAAGGAAGCUUUUCAGGGUCAGAGAGUUUACCGGUGUGCUGUUUGCGACUACACCAGCUCCUCCUGGAUCGGAGUUCGGAAUCACCAGAGGAUCCACAGCACCGAGAAGCCGUACAGUUGCUGCAGCUGUAAUUUUUCCACCACCGACAUGAACAGCCUGAGGAGUCACAUGCAGAGGCACCCCCAGGAACAGCCGACUGUGCAGCUGCUGGAACAGUACAGGUGCUCCCUCUGCGGCUACGCGUGCCGCCACCCCCCCUCGCUGAAGUCGCACAUGUGGAAGCACGCCGGCGACCAGAACUACAACUACCAGCAGGCCACCCGCGCCAUCGACCGCGCCAUUUCCCUCGGCUGCUCGGCCCUGGCCGGUCCUCAGAAUGCCGGCCCCGGGUUCGAUCCCUGGCGGGACGCGCGCGUCGCUGAGGACGGCUCGGAGAAGGCCACACCCUGUCCGGACCCCCGCAGCGAGGCCUCCACGGUGGACCGGCCUGGCGGAACCCCCGACCCCCCCGGGGCGCCAGGCGCCCCCCCCGCCCCGGGCUCGGAGUACUGCGUGCUCCUGUUCUGCUGCUGCGUCUGCGGGUUCGAGUCCCCCAGCAAGGAGAGGCUGAUGGAGCACAUGAACGAGCACCAGGGCGAGAUCAUCAGCAUCAUCCUGAGCCGGGAUCCGCCUGCAGGUUACUGAGGGAACUGCGCCACCACCAAAAAAAAAAAGCACACUGGUCUUCCCCACAUCCUCCUUUACCAAAACCCCCCUGACACCCCCCCCCAAAACUGCUGGGUCCCCCUGGAGCCCCAUGCACUCCUGAAGAAAGUCCGUCCUGAGGACUGCGAGUCAGAAAUUCAGUCUUUGAGAAAUUCACCUUUGACCUCUCCGCCUGAAUUCCAGUUUUCGGGAAAGGUGGGCUUUGGGUGCUGAUCUCGCGUUCUCUCUCUCUCUCUCUUCUCCUCUCUCGCUCACUCCCCCGUUCCCUUCCGGAACGCCGGCCUGACUCUCUCUCCGUAUCGCCUCGCCUUCUCGUCACGAUUUUAUGCGUAUUUUUAUUCUCCCCAGGAGGGGAGUUAAGUGGCAGACGGUUGGUUCAAGGACAUCAAGUUUCAUAAAAAAAACGAAACUUUAAAGAAAGUAUUAAUAAGCGAAAGAUGCGCAAGGGGCGAUAAAGAAAAGUUAUCUGCGGUGACGUAACGUUCACAAAGCCGGUUUUCCUUGCAGUUUCGCUGAAAGACGUCCAACAACACCUCAUUGAAUUCCGAAGCUUGAGACGCUAGGCUAUUACGUGCUAAACGACCCCUGCAGAUAAUGCGCACUUGUGAUGGCGGCUCCCCUUACAAACUCAUUAUGUAAUGUAUUCGUAUAUUUUUAUAAUUCAGUCUGAACUCCUUUUCACUUCGGCUAGAAGUCGAGAAGUGAAGCAAACAGUGUGCCUUCCAGGGUGUGUUUCGCGGUCAUAUUUGUGCUAAUAUUUAUUGAUUUUUAUUUUUUAUUUUUUUUUAGCGAGUGAUUUUCUGUGCUUCCACACGCAGAGCAAGUGUGUUUUUAGACGUCACCGUUCGAGCGGUGCUUCCGAAAUGUUUCUUAACGUCACUUUUUCCUGUAUUAAGAGCACAGGGAGUCCGCAGAAUAUGUCCUACAAACUUUUGUUUUUUUUGUUGCUACGCCGUUAUUUAAAGAGUAUUUAUAUAUUUAUGUAUUUACAGUUUAAUAACUAUCUGGUAGCUGGUGUGUCCUACAGGAAUUUUCUCUUGGUUUAUGGUCCAACGUACACUGCUGACUUGCUAUGGUUAGAUCCAUGGGAAUGUUGUAGAAAAUGAUUUAUUUAUUGAUGUCGGUAAACAUCAGGGUUUGAUUUUGGUAAAUAUCAGGGUUUAUCGGUGGCUCAGGUGUACUACACACCGUCUGGUAGAAAUGACAAGUCAUUAUAAUACGUAGUUAACAGAAAAGGCCAAAUUUAAUUUUCACCGUGGAUCCAGUUUUUUUAUAUUCUGCAUUCAGAGCUGGAAAUAUUUAUUUUCUGUCCUUGGAUUUAGCAAAUAUCUGCUGCUUUAAUUGUCCUCAAAUAACUAGUUCAGUUCUCAGUAAUUCAGACGGUUUGGGGGCCUGUUCCAUUGUUGUGAAUUUUGAGAAUUCAAACUUACGUUUUUUCCAGCGUUGUCACACUUAAUGACCAGUACUUGUGCUGUGUUUCAGCUGCCUAUGUUUUUAUUUAUGUUUUCUGAAAGAGAAAAUACUGUUUUAGGUAUGACCAUUGUCAAUAGGAUAGUAGUAGUGGUAGUAGUGGGUUUGCAAAUGCUGACAGUUGCACAGUUUAAUCCUUAAGCUGAAGUUUGCCAACUUCAGUCAGAUUUCAAAGCUAAAAUGCAGAUUUCAAAUGUUUGUGGGUAUAGAACUUUUGUGCACGGAUGCAUAGUCUUAUGCAGACUGACCACAUUGUCUCAUGGCUGUAGAAUUCACUUGAACAACAGCAAUAUAUUUUUUAUUAAUUUAAUUGCCAUUGUUCUAAAGGUUUAUAGAAUAGCUACCUCUUGCCAAAGCAGAGCUACAAUAUUCUGGUAUUUUUCACAUUUUUAACAAGCUUCCUGCUGUAUCCCUGAACAUUAUUCUUUUAGUAACUCAUUUUAUUUUCCACUUAAAAUGAAAGGGACUGAAAACGAACAGCUCAUUUAGUGUCAUUUAAUUCAAGCGGUUUCUACUUUUUAAAAAAAUGAUGAAUCAAAUACUUAAUAAAUCUAUCUUUGUAA